AAAAAUGAGUCAAGGAAAGAAUAAUAAUCAACCAUUUUGUUUCGGAAGCAAUGGCUCUGAAUUUGAUCAAUCAUUUCUUUUUUAAAGGUAAGACAUUACAUCUAAACAUAUCAUUCUAUUUACUGAUAUCCAUAUAUUAUAUUUUGAAAUACCGAUGAUUAUAUUAGCAAUCAACAUCUUUUUCAACUAUUUGCACCUGAGAUGUAGCAAUUGUUUUUGAGAUAGCUGAUAAACCCAAACAUAAUGCAGUACAUUAAUUAAAACUCAUAAUUGAAGGAUUGCUUUCAAGCCUCGAAUUUACUAAGUAAGGAUUACCAUACUCUAUAUACUGGCAUUAUAUUACUUAUAUUUAUGUUUGUUGGACUAAUUUCUUAGAUUUUCCAGCUUUGAUGAAUGGGAUUGAUAUGCUAUCAUAUCUACAAAAUCCUGGGUAAUCAUAGCAAUAGCUAAAUGUGUUAAACAAUCAAUCAUAGGGGAAUUCAGCUCAAAAGAUGAAAAACAAUGCAGACAACCCUAUAACAGUAGAUGAUGAUGAACCAGCAUAACCUACUAAGAAAUGUUACAACGUUCAAUGUAAGAAUGUUGGGGACAAGAAAAUCAAAUCCAAGAGGCAUGAUAUAUUAUUCUUUUGUGACAAAUGUUCUAAAUUAUAUAAUAAAGGAAAUUUUUGUGAUUUUUGCGAACAAGUAUCAAUAUCCUCAUUUCAUUUAUUAAAGGUUUACGGCUCUUACGAUGACGAAGCUGGAUGGGUUUAAUGCGAUCAAUGCUAAAAAUGGGUAUGCAACAUUAAUAAUAAAAAUAGAAUCACAUAGCCUGUGAAUAAAAAUAUAGAAAUUAAAAUAUUGAAAAUGAACCAGAAACCACUCCAUAUCAUUGUUUAAAUUGUUCCAAGAACAUCAAGAAGACUAAACCAGUGAAGAAACCCGAAGAGCCGCAACCUCCUUAGAAGUAGCGUCCCAUACCUGAACAAGAUGAUGCUAGAAAUAGGGAAAAGAACAUUACCUUUGUGGCUACCAAGGACAACAAAAUACAAUACAGUAAGUGAUAUUGAUCAAGUCUUAGCCUAUCGAUUAAACUUGCUAGAGGAGGAAAUCAAAGUAGAUUUGGAUCUCCUUCGAAAUUCGAUUAAAAAGGCUAAGAAAUUAUAAAUGCAAUCUCCGCCUCAAAUAUUCCAAUAGCACAUAACUUCUUCUCAAUAAUAAAGUCAACAAUCGCAACAACAACAAGAAGUAAGUAUACAUUCCUACUCCAAAGGUUUAAGAGCAAUCUUCAUUGGGUAGUCGAAGUUUGAGGAGAAGAAUAAAUUAGAAAUUGAAUUACAGAGAUCUGGUUGGGGAAUAUUGAAGUUACAC